AUGGCGGAUCCGUUGGAGGCCAUCUUGGCGUCCAUGGCGGCGGCUACGGGCAACGCCACAACAAGUGCAUCCAAGAAAGUCUUACCCGUAGAUGCACCAGGUACAGCAUCCAAGCCCAAGGGAAACAAGCGAGAGCGAGGUUUGACCGUCUCGUCCUCGUCGAGUAUCUGGAACCCACUGGAAGAGAUGCCGCUGGACGCUGAUGCUUUAAAGAAACUGGGGGAAGCCGCCAAAACGCUCUCUGUCACUCCUUCUAUGGAGAUUAUGCGACAGCAAAGUGUUCGUGCUCUGUGUCGAAAAAUUCGCCGUGUUAGCGAGGAUCUGGGCAUCGCCAAGCCGCCAAACUCGGUCUACGAGACAUGGCAGUUCACGUCAAAGCUUACGGUGAAGGAGCACGACCCACUGAUUCCUCAUGCUGGAAGCGACUACAGCAGUCUCUUGGAGGAGCUGUGCAAGUAUGGCGCCACUAAGUCUGCAGCUAUGAGGAAGUGCAAGGAAAUCACGAGGGAAUCCGAGCGCAUGCUGCGCAAAUUUGACCAGCAUGACUUUGUUGCCGGUAAGAAGAAAAAGGUGCAGGUGAAAGUGAUGGAGCAUGAGAUGCACCACUUGACAUAUGGAAAUGUAACGGUAAAGGCCAGUGCAGCACACUUUGCCAAACUGCGCGAGAUGUACAUACGGAGGCUACAACAAGGUGUGGACGGGUCAACGAUGACACCGAAAGAUCUACGUCAGUUUGAAAGUGCAUUGUUUUGCCUGCUACUUCGCUACGACUCGCUGGAUGGAGGAGGGUUUCAGGCUGCGCUGAACGAAGAGUGCUUCGAUGUGCUGCUGAACGACUUUGACUGCAAAAUGGAGUGUUUCGCUUCACCAUUAAACUGCCGCUACUCGCGUUUCUGCAGCGCUUUCCUCGACACGGAUUUUGCGUUUGGAAGUGUGGGCAGCUUCUGUGAUUUUUCACCUCGCUCCGGAUGUUAUGAAGCCAAUCCGCCUUUUAUCUCCAAGGUCAUCAAACGCAUGGCAGAUCAUAUGACGGCGCUACUCAAUACCGCUGAUGGACCCUUGGCGUUCAUCAUCAUCAUCCCGGCCUGGCGAGAGACUGAGGGAUGGCAAGGACUGCAUGCUAGUCGUUUCAAUCAGGCACAUGUCCUUAUCCCGCAAAAACAGCACGGCUACUGCGAGGGUAAGCAGCAGAUUCGAAAGACCCGUUGGCGAAUUGCAUCGUUCGACACGAGUGUCUUUUUCUGGCAAAACGCGAAGGCAUGCAACAAGUGGCCCGUGACAGCGGAGAAGCUCGAGAGUCUGAAGCGUGCCUUCAGGUCAAAACAAGUCGAGGAGCGUGACGCACUGGGCCUUCGUAAGUCUGGCAAGCGAGCACGAUCGGCACAGGAUACCUCACAAAAUAGAUCCUCCACACUUGUGUAA